UUGGUUCAUCUCGCGGUGUCAUCGCUUUGUGUCUGGUGAUUCAAAAACACAAUACUAAAUCGUAUUGCUAGAGCUUUGUGGUGUAGUUUUGAGUUUAUUUUAACGUGAAUUUCCUAGUGAAAAGAAAAGAAUUUAAAUAAAAACAAAAAGAGUUAUAAUGUUCGUCUCGAAAAUAACGAUUUCGGUCGUCUUUUUGGCGAUAUUUUGUAUGGUAUUUGGUACAGACAUCGAAGUAACAAAUAUCACAAAUGUUGAAUGUGAACCAACUUCAAAUGAUGCAUUAUGUUACGUUGCUGAACCGAUUGUGGUGAUGCCAAAUCAGAGUAUAUCGUUUGCUCUAAGCGCAUCUCAGGCAAAUAAUAUUUUGGAAUUUUCCGUUUCGUAUAACGCAAAAAUGCAAAUCAUACCGCGUGGCAUUUUCGAAACGUUUCAUUAUUUAGAGCAAUUGAAACUGCAAGGUGUGCAUUUGAAAACAUUACAUCACAGUGACUUUGAGAAUGCAUGGAAUUUACAUAAUUUAACAUUGAGCGACAAUAAAUUGGAGCGCAUUCCGAGUUCGAUUUUUUCACGAGCCGUUAAUUUAAUGGAAUUAUAUCUGGAUGGAAAUGAAAUAUUGCAUUUGGAAAAUGACGCUUUCAAUGGUCUACAUCAACUUUAUUUUCUUUCGCUCAACCGAAACCGUUUGAUUACACUAAAAUCAUUUUCAUUUAGUGGUGCCACUCAUUUAACCGACCUGCGAUUGGAAUACAAUGAAAUUGAUGUGUUGGAGCCGGGCGUUUUCGAUUUACCCGAUUUGAUGUUUUUAUAUUUGGGACAUAAUCAAUUGAAAGCAAUACCAGAUGAUUGCUUCAAAAAUAUGCAAUUGAUUGGAUUAGACUUACAAUCAAACCCAAUAACUCAUGUAGGUAAUUCCAUUUAUGAACUCAAAAGUCUUCGUACAUUGAUUCUUUCGAACACUGACCAAAUCACUGAUUUCAGCAUCACACGAAUGUACGAAGUGAAUCCUUUAGUUAAUGUACAAAAAAAAUCAUAAAUCAAUAAAUAAACACGAUUGAAAUAAAGUUUUAUUUGUAAAAUAUCCCA